UGCCGGAGCUCGCGGAUGGCUCCCGAGCCCGGGCAUUUUGCUGCCUGUUGCAAGCCCCCUCCACUCCGCCCCGCCGCUCCCCGCCGCCUGUUUACUUUCCCGGUGCCGCGCGGGGCGGUGUCGCCCCCUCCCCGGGGGGUAAAGUCGCGAUCACAACUCCAGCCCCCACCUCCCUCCUCUCUUCCUCCUCCCCCGCCGGGGAGAAGCGCCGCAGCAGCUGCGGCUUCGCCCGUGGCCCCCGGCGGGAGGAGUUUCCUGCUCCCAAACUCUGGCGUCGCGGCGGGGAGGGGGCUGCCCCCACCCGGAGCUGCCGGAUCCCGCCGCCGCUGCUUCCCGCCGCGCCGGAGUGAUGGCUCCGAGUCUCCAGAGGGUGCUGAAGGCAAGGAUGCAGCAAAAGUAACUAAACAAGAGCCCACAAGGCGAUCAGCAAGACUGUCAGCUAAACCUGCUCCACCAAAACCUGAACCCAAACCAAGGAAAACAACAAAGAAGGAACCUGGAACAAAGGCCAGCAAAGGUGCUAAAGGGAAGAAGGAUGAAAAGCAAGAAGCUGCAAAGGAAGGUACUACACCAUCUGAAAAUGGUGAAAAUAAAGCUGAAGAGGCUCAGAAAACUGAAUCUGUAGGUGACAAGAAUGAAUGAAAUAUCAUGAAAAUUUUGGGUUGAUUUUAUGUACCUCUUGGACAACUUUUAAAAGAUAUUUUUAUCAAGUAUUUUGUAAAUGCUAAUUUUUUUAGGACUAUGAUAGUUGACAUAUUAAACUGUAUAUGAACAUUUCCCUUCUCAUAACAGUGCUUUUAGAAAUUCCCAUUGUUGCCAAGUAAUAUAAAUAUCAACUUAAUAUUGCAAGGUAUGUGUAAAAUUGGAUCAGCAUUCCAUACACUUGCUCUAAGAAAUUAAGUCUUGUGCAUAUGGUGAUGUUUUUACUGUGCGUAUUUGAAUUUUUCAUGCAGUUUUUCUAGAGCAAUAAUCAGUGGUGCUUUUGUACUUAGGGUUUAUGUGAUUUUAAUGAAACAUGGAUAGAUGUGGCCACCUGCUGACUAUUUUGGGUUCUUUUAAUGGAUUAAAAUAAAAGGUCUCCUUGCCUGCAAAACUACAGCCUCCUAAUGUUUUCUCUGAGUCUGAGGAAUGCCUUACUCAUAUCUUCGACUGUUAUAAGGAAGACUAAAUGAUUUAGUAACAGUUGUUUUGCAUGCAGUCUGUUUGCUUUUUUCACGUAUGUCUGAUUAAAACCCACCCACAUGGGAGUAGCAAAAUGGGAUUUUCAGUGGCCCACAACCUAAGGGACUUACAGAUACAUCCUUCAUAGAUACAUUCAUCAGGUACACUGUCACAGGGUGAGCAGAGUUGCCAUACUCUGUCAGGACAUUGCGUCUGUAGUGAGUUACCAGUAUAGGAUGACUUGCUUGUUUGAUGGAGACAUACAGGAAUUUAAAAGAAGCUUUCUUUCUCCCCCACUCUCUUUUCAUUAACUUGCAUUGUACUCUGUGGAAACCCUUCUUUCUAUCUGCAGCCUCAAAUUUAAUAUAAAUAGUAAUUACUGUUCUGCUUCAGCUGAGGACAGUUGUUAAUACAUUGAAAUCGCUGUUAAACAGCGCUAUAUAUUUGUUACCUGGUAGAAAUGGAACAAUGAAAGUUAUUUUUGAGGUGAUUGUGAUGAUGUGGUAGAUUAGCUAAUGAGUUUUAGUGUCCAUGUUUCAACUCUGCAGCUCAUUCUAAGCGCCUUUUACGAUUUUUCUCCUUCUCUUUUCUCUAGAGGCCCUGGUAUUUCAAUUGUUACUUCUGGGAUGGGAGGGGUCAAAGAAAAGAUGUUCCUGUUCUUCAGUAGCAUUGAUUUGUAUUGCUCAAGUGGUAGCCAUUAUGUCUGAGGAUACCUUUUGCUUGUUUAAGCCAAUAAAUAAAUGACUUUUGCCUGA